AUGGUCGCCCCCCAUGGAACAUCAGGAAUGCUCGGUGAAGAUGGCAUUCACGUCGACAUGAACCACCUGAAGUCUGGUGAGGUCAACUUGGGAACCUCGAUCAUGGCCAUCAACUUCAAAGACGGAGUCAUUCUGGGUGCAGAUAGUCGAACAACCACCGGUGCCUACAUUGCCAACCGAGUCACCGACAAAUUGACACAGGUGCACGACACCAUCUGGUGCUGCCGAUCGGGUUCCGCCGCAGACACCCAGGCUGUGGCCGAUAUUGUCUCCUACCAUCUCAACAUGUACGGCGUAACGAAUGCCGAGGCCCCUACCACACAGGUUGCUGCAUCACUCUUCCAGGAAUUGUGUUAUGAGAACAAGGAUGCGUUGAGUGCGGGUAUCAUCCUUGCCGGAUGGGAUGCACGUCACGGAGGUCAGGUGUACUCGAUACCUUUGGGAGGAUCCCUUCACAAGCAGUCGUUCGCUAUCGGCGGUUCGGGCUCAACCUACAUCUACGGUUAUACCGAUGCCCACUGGCGGGAACAGAUGACGGAGGAAGAAGGCAUUGAUUUUGUGCGGAGUGCUUUGCAGGAGGCGAUUAAGUGGGACGGCAGCUCCGGUGGUGUCAUUCGUCUCGUGGUCUUGACCAAGGCCGGUGCCGUGAGACAUCUCUACCUGCCAGACAACGGCUACACCGGGCCGGGAGUGACGAAUUAA